AUGUUCAUGCACCAUGAUUCCCUCUUUUCUCAGGGUCCAGAGUUUGAUGAAGAAGCAGAAUCUGAACUGACGGUGACAGAGCUCAGAGAGCGUGCUAGAAAACGGAGAGAGCUGGAGAAGAGGAUGAUGGGUGAUGGCUCGGAUGAGGAGGAAGAGAAAGAGGACAGUGAAGCCAGUGCUACAACGAGAAGCUCCUCAGAAGAUACUGGCUGCUCUUGGGGAAUGGAUGAAGAGGCAGUGCCAGAAGAGGAUGAGAAUGAGGAGAAUCCGUUUGCCACAGAAUUUCAAGAGGAUCAGGAAGCAGCAUAUUUAAAAGAUCCUAAAAAGGCAUUACAGGGCUUUUAUGACAGAGAAGGAGAAGAACUAGAGUUUGAGUAUGAAGAACAAGGCCAAGGAGUCUCCAGUUCUUCGACAGAGGACCCUCUAGAUGCUUUCAUGAGUGUUGUACGCAGCGAGACGGCUCUGGUUGGAGUGGAGAGAAAGAAGCUACAUUUACAUGUAGCCGAGUUGAAGAAGGAAGGUCAGAGACUGCGCAAGUUAGCAGACCUGGCCAAACCCACCCAGCUGCCUUCAUUACAGCCCAGCAGACCUGGAGUCUCCAGUUCUUCGACAGAGGACCCUCUAGAUGCUUUCAUGAGUGUUGUACGCAGCGAGACGGCUCUGGGUGGAGUGGAGAGAAAGAAGCUACAUUUACAUGUAGCCGAGUUGAAGAAGGAAGGUCAGAGACUGCGCAAGUUAGCAGACCUGGCCAAACCCACCCAGCUGCCUUCAUUACAGCCCAGCAGGUCUAGUAGUCAGUCCACGGAUGCUGAGAAACCUAAGUUAUCUCUCCCUAUGUUUGGAGCCAUGAAAGGAGGGAGUAAAUUCAAACUGAAGACUGGAACAAUAGGAACGUUACCCCCAAAGCGAACCAAUCUGCCUCCUGAGCUCUUCAACAUGAAAGAAAUGCCCUCUAGUGGUGAGGAAGAGGAAGAAGAAGAGGAGGAAGAAAAAAGCAAGAAGACCGAGGAUGCGGUCACAGAUGGUGAUAUGGAGGUUGUUCAGUCUGCAGAGACGACCAGCUCAGAACACUCCAGUGCAGACAGAGCUGAAACUCAGACACACUGCCCUAAUGCUAAAAGAGACCAUGAGGACCAGUCUGCUAAGAUAGCUAAGAAGUCUCCCCAUCUUCAAGAUAAAAGUGCCUCUCGUCCAAAAGCAGAAGAAAUUGACAACGGUGUCUCAAAUGUUCCAAAGACAAAUACAAAGAAGAAAAUGAUUGGCCCAAGCAGGCCUCCUGUGACCAUGUCUAAGCAGUACCCAGAAGAUGACCCCGACUACUGCGUUUGGGUUCCUCCAUCGGGUCAGAGCGGUGAUGGUCGGACACAUCUGAACGAUAAAUAUGGAUACUGAAUACAGAAAUGAAAGACCAUCCUCUCUGGAUCAGGAAAGGAAUCAGCCCAAACGUUCAUCUUAGCCCUUGGAGUGGACAGAUAUAUCAUUUUUUCCCAUCUUCAUUUCCAUACAGUGAACUUUUUGACAGACCUCUCUAGCUCUUGUUAGUGGAAACUGUUAGGUCCUGUGACUGAGUUUCACUUCCCUUUGCCCUGUUUUCAUUCAAACACAUCCAUUUUCCACACCUGGUCGGAGACCAAGGAUUUUGGAGUGGAGGUAGCUUAAGGUUGGGGAAAAGAUUAUUCUAUUUCCAGGGUUGUUUUCAUGGGCAAACUAUAAUUUCUUCAUAUUUUGGAGUUUCUGUUUUGCUGCUUAUUCAAUUCGAAAUGUAUUCCAUUUGAUGUUAUAUUUUCCUCAAAUACACCAUGCUACUGUAAUGUCAGUCCAUUUAUGUUUAAGCACUUCUGUUGUUGACUAAUCUCUACCCACAGCUUGCUGUUCUGGGAUCAUUUUAACAGGCAUAAGCAAGCUCAUUGACCACUCAAUCCGCUGUUCUGGGUUCAUUCUCGGAACAACGGCGGACUCCCUCCUCAGUUUGGCUGAGUGGCCACGCUGCGUAUGGCGAGAGCUCCUGUUGGACGCGCUUCUGUUGACUGCUAACGAUGCCUCCUUAGAGAGAGGCGGCUUUACCAGCCAUCUGGACACUUGCUUGGCAUUCUAGAUUUGGAGCAAGCUGUUAAUGAAUCAGUCUGUGUGUGUGUGUUUGCAAGAAAGGGAGUGAGAGUGAGCUCCGUGUACAUUAUUUAUGUGCGUAUUCACUUCUCUUGAUAUUAAUGAAGAGUGACUCAGUGUUGGUGAUGUGCGAGCUUGUGUGUGUUGGCGUCUCCGAGGAUGGAUUAGGCCCCCCACAUUCACUACUACGCACUGGUCUCUCUGUUUAUCCAACCCUUUUAGUGCUUUUGAAUUCUCCAUUGUUUGGAGAGCAUGAUUAGUCGCAUACAAAAUGUGUAUUUUGUUACUUGUAUUUUGUAAAAAAUAAACAU